CAUUACGGUUACUACUAUUACUACUAGAAUUUACUAGGAAAACCAACAUUUCUAUUCUCUGUAAACGCGAGGUCUUCUGCCUAGAAAAAUCGAGCACCAGCAUCAGCUCUCCAAAUCCAAACCUGCUACAUACCUGCUCACCAGGGCUUCCCUUUUUAGUAAUUACUCAUACACGGCAUUCCCUCUUUCACCCUUCAAAACUUGAUUCUCUCCCUUGGCUUCUUCCAUACUGAAACAAAUCGCAAAGUUUCGAGGAGAUUGGGAUUUGAUUGGAAGGAGGUGAGAUUUAGUUCUGUGGGUUAUUGCGGGCGAAAGGUAAAGGGUUUGCUUUUUUAAGAGUACCUGAGUUGGUUUUAGUUGUUCAAAUAAAAAACAAAGAAGGUUAAAAGAGAUGAAAUCGAGUUGUUUUGUUUAAAAUCAGUGGAAAGAGGGAAACCUUAAUGGAUUUGAAGGUUGAGUUCAAGUGUAGUAAUAUAAGAGGAAGGAUCAGGUCAAUUAAGUUCCUUUGGAUGGUACUCUGAUUGAAAAGAGGGGAGAGGUUAUUAGGAGAGUGCUUGAUUGUAUAAAAAUGGAGAACCCCUUCUCGUCAAAAGAAAAGGGGACGGGUUAUUGGGCUUCUCCAAGAGCUCAGAUGGAUGGUGUCACUCCUUUAGAUGGUUCCCCGAGGAAUUUACUUCUCGAGGAUCCAUUCAACAAUUUUUCAGAGCUUAUGAAUUUUGAUAUUUAUGCUGAAUUGUGCAACAACCCAUCAGCUAUGGAUCAAAUGCUUGACCCAUUUGGAAUGCCAUCCUUUCCAUCAACAUCCUAUCCAUCCUUUGAUCCAGGAAGUUCUGCAGCACAAAAUUCUGCUCCUGUACAGAAUACAACAAAUGCUGCUGGGACUUCUUACAAUGGUGGGGAUAAAGUGGUGCUUCAGCAAAUAAAUUCCCAUUUUUGUUAUCCCUCAGAUUCAAUUGAUACUGAUGAUUUGGGUGCAAAGCACAGUAACGAUGCUGGUCAACAAAAUCGUUUCUCAAACUUGACAGAUCAUAUUAUUGCUCGGCCACUUGCACCAUCACUUGAUGAGAGGAUGCUAAGGGCAUUAUCCUUGUUGAAGGUUUCAUCUGGAGGGGGUUUUUUGGCACAAGUGUGGGUUCCCAGAAGGAUUGGGAAUCAAUACAUGUUAAGCACUACAGAGCAACCAUACUUGCUUGACGAAAUGCUAGCAGGGUUCCGAGAGGUGUCUAGAACAUUUACCUUCCCUGCAGAAGUGAAGCCUGGUUUGACUCUAGGGCUUCCUGGUCGUGUAUUCAUUUCCAAAGUUCCAGAGUGGACCUCAAAUGUAAUUUAUUAUAACAAGGGUGAAUACUUACGAGCAAAGCAGGCAGCUGAUCAUGAAGUACGGGGUUCUUUUGCAUUACCGAUCUUUGAUCCUGAUGAGAUGUCCUGCUGUGCUGUUCUGGAACUUGUCACUGUGAAGGAGAAACCGGAUUUUGAUUCAGAGAUGGAAAAUGUUUGCCAUGCACUUGAGGCUGUGAACUUACGGAGCACUGCACCUCCUCGACUUCUUCCUCAGUGUCUCUCAAGCAACAAAAGAGCUGCCUUGUCUGAAAUAGCUGAUGUUCUACGAGCUGUAUGCCAUGCACAUAGAUUGCCACUGGCUCUCACGUGGAUUCCUUGCAAUUAUAACGAGGAAGCUCUUGAUGAAAUCAUAAAAGUGCGUGUCAGGGAAGCCAAUUCAAGGUCAAGUGGUAAAUGUGUAUUGUGCAUUGAAGAUACAGCUUGCUAUGUUAAUGACAGAAAAAUGCAAGGUUUUGUGCAUGCAUGUGCCGAACAUUACAUUGAGGAAGGGCAAGGUAUAGCUGGAAAAGCACUACAAUCAAAUCAUCCAUUCUUCUUCUCUGAUGUGAAGGCAUAUGAUAUAACUGAGUAUCCACUUGUUCAUCAUGCACGCAAGUAUGGUCUGAAUGCUGCAGUUGCAAUCAGGCUAAGAAGCACCUACACUGGUGAUGAGGACUAUAUUUUAGAGUUCUUUCUCCCUGUCAAUAUAGAGGGCAGUUCAGACCAACAACUCCUGUUGAACAAUCUCUCAGGUACCAUGCAGAGAAUUUGUAAGAGUUUGAGAACAGUUUCAGAGACAGAAUUUGUUAGGCAGGAAUGUUCUGAAGAUGGUUUGCCAAAAGAAUUAGUUCCAAGCGUCAGACCAAUGUCCAUUUCAAAGGGCAGCUCUCAAACUGCAUUAUCAGAAGGAAACUUGAAUUCGGCUGCCAAGAUGCUUUUUACUAUGUCUGGUUCAAAAAAUGAUCAAACAGAAUCAAAUAGCUCUAACGAACAGAAAAUGAGUGGAUCUAGAAGACAGGUGGAGAAAAAGAGAAGCACAGCAGAGAAAACUGUGAGCCUGAGUGUUCUUCAGCAAUACUUUUCUGGAAGUCUCAAGGAUGCUGCCAAAAGCAUUGGUGUUUGCCCCACAACACUGAAAAGAAUUUGCAGACAACAUGGAAUAUCCAGAUGGCCAUCCCGCAAGAUAAACAAGGUGAACCGCUCAUUAAAAAAAAUACAGACUGUGCUUGACACUGUUCAGGGGGUAGAAGGAGGGCUGAAAUUUGAUCCCACCGCAGGUGGUUUCAUUGCUGGGGGAGCCAUGAUGCAAGAAUUUGAUCUUCGAAAUGGUUUUGUAUUUCAAGAGAAAAAUCUGUCCAAUAGAAAUUCUGAUCCAGCUAACCAUGAUGUAGUUUCUGUACGUCCAGCUCCUUGUACUGAUGGUAAUAAUUCUACUGUUAAAGUAGAAAAUGAUGAAUGUCAUAUAGGUAGCGGGGGAGUAUUAAAGGAGUCUUGCGUUCAUGUGAUUGAUUGUAGUGAAGAUGCCAAGUCAGCUGCAAUGGAUGCUGAAUUAUGUGAGCAGGCUAACUUUGGCUCUGGACCUUGGGCUUGUCUUGAAAAUGACAUCACGGGUUCUCUUGCAAAAGCAGGCAACAAAUGGGGCAUGAAAAGUGGUGGUAUUGUACUAGAGAAUUUGGACUCUCACUUUGUGUCUCAAAGCUCAAGCUCCUUCGCCAAGGAGAUGGAUACCAAAAUGGAGGGUGACGAUGGAAAUGUAGAACAUAACCAGCCUACUUCUUCAAGCAUGACUGACUCAUCAAAUGGCACUGGUUCAAUGAUGCAUGGCAGUAUAUCAAGCUCUUCGAGCUUUGAGGAGAGGAAGCAUUCAAAAGUGCGAACUAGUUUUUGUGAUAGUGAUUUAAAAAUUACUGUAAAAGCCAGUUACAAGGAAGAUAUAAUCCGCUUCAAGUUUGAUCCAUCAGCGGGAUGUUUGCAGCUCUACAAAGAAGUAUCAAAUAGGUUCAAAUUGCAAACUGGAACAUUCCAACUCAAGUAUCUAGAUGACGAAGAUGAGUGGGUACUGUUGGUGAGUGACUCUGACUUGCAGGAGUGUCUGGAGAUAAUGGAAUAUGUUGGGACUCGUAAUGUGAAGUUCCUUGUUCGUGAUGCUGUUGCGCCUUUUGUAAUGGGAAGCUCUGGCAGCAGCAAUAGCUUUUUGGUAGGAAGCUCCUAGCACAUGGGUGAUGCGUUCCAUGGGCCAUCUCUGACUUUUGCUUGUGUCUUUCUUCUACCUUCUAGCUAGUGUUUUGCUUUUUCCCGAGAUUUCAUGAUUAUGCAGGUUCUGCACAUACUAGGUGAGUAAAACUAGGGAAGUUGGAAUGGGGAAUCUGAACUGGCUAUACUUUCUCUGCAUUUCUUUCUUUCAAAAUUUAUAAAAACCAGUCACAGAGUGGAAGACAUGCUGUUCUUUGGCGUUGAAUCGCCGCUGGACUUCCAAAAAGUACAGCUGAACAGUCCCAGCACAAACUUAUCUUCUAUGAUUGGUUGUCAGAAUUCCAGAAAAGAAAGAGAGGGGAUAAAACUAGGAAAAAGUAAAGGAGAUAUGAUUUUGUUUGAAAUAUUAUAUGUUAAUAUGUAGUGCUGUAUAUGCUAGUAGUGGCAAAGGAGGUUGUAGUUGUAGAAACAAUCGGGGCACUGUAUUCUUAUGUUAUGUACUGGGGAGCCCUUGAAUCUAGAUUGUACAGGGAUUACAUAUCAAUAUGAGACAGUGGCAAUGUUCAAGUUUGAA